AGAUGUCUGAUGUCUGAUAACUGCCCAGUUUCACGCUGCUUGCCUUCUUAUCAGUUCAGAAAAUAAGAUAAUAGUCAGAUUGUAAUCCUACUCCAUAGUGAGGAGAUAAGAUGAGAUCGAAGCUGUUUUCACCUCUAAUCAGAGGACAUGGCCCGGAGUGGUCUGCAGAUUUCAAAUGGUACGAAGAUCAGCCGAGCAAGGCCCCUCCCCACAAUGACACCGGCCAGCACAGCAGAUACGUCAUUCAUGACAGACACUUGUACAGGACCGUUCCCAAAACAUUCACUACAAACAAGGGUGCUAUAGUGCUGUACACUAGCGAGGAUUACGUUGUCAAGGAUAAGCUGUCUCAAGCCGUUCACCCCGCUUCAACGAAGGAAUUUCAAACAUCAGAUCUAGACAAUCUUCAGCGAAACAUUCUUCAAUUUGGAACCUCCGAGGAAGAUAAAACGUGCCUGAGAUUCACUAGGCCCAACGUAGACGACGUGUACCUAGAUGAGUCAACUAGACCUGGUGCCUUACCUGAAGUUUAUCUGGAGGACCUCAAGUACAAAACCAGGCUGCUGACGAAGACUAACAAGAUGGCAGUGGCUCGACUGAGGCCGACAGAGCGGGUUAAGACAGCUAGAACCCAGUGCCCCUCCCCCUCCCUCUUUGCUGAGUCCCCGGACUCCCCUUCUUCUUCCAGACCCGACUCUGGAGCUGAGAAGCGCAGACUCCUUCGUCCUCCCUCUGCUCCGCCGCAACUAAUGCCGUCAGUGGAGAAAAGAAAGGUGGAGAUAAUCAGGGACCAGAUGAAACACCUGGACGCUGCUCAAAGGAGGGAGCGGAUGAAAUACGCGGACUUUGAGUUCGUCUCUACCAUUCCCGACCAUCUUCAAGUCAAGGGGUUAGGUGGAAAGGUACCAAAGCGCCGAGCUUACUCUAGUCCUGUGUACAAGACUCAAUACAACGAGGAUAAGUCGUACGUUACUUGCGACCAGACUAAGUCGGUUCCUUUGUUCAUAGUCACUUCCAGCCCUACUUAUAGGAGAUCUCUCUCCCGAACUGAACACCCUGCUCCUCGAGGCAGUCACGAGUUUGGUAGUUAUUGCUCUGAGGACAGUGAUAGACUAGAUCUAACUGACAGCCUUCAUCAUCAACCCCAUGAGUUGGAGGGGUUUACAAAGAGUGACAUUAUAGCGGCUGAGAUCAAGCCACGAGUAUCACAGAGUGAGCAGGAACAGAGACACUCGACUAUAUCGACACCAGGGUCAGGGGUGGAUAGUCAGCUCCAGGGGCUUGGUUCGGCUGAGGGUGAACAAAUCUCUGAGCUUCCAGACCGGUGCCCCUCCUCCCGCCAAAUCAUAAUAGAUCUGCCUGACGAGAAUAAGGAGAAACCUAAAGAUAGUUUUAUAAGCGAGGAGUUAAUGAUGGAGAUGAUGGACACUCACGGGGAUCACGGGGGUAAAGUAGUGGACGAUGAGGCUACUCCCACUACUUCUACUAUCGAGCAGAAGAGCGGGGAGGAGAUCAGCUCGGCAAUAGAUGACAGUUUGCAGAACAUAACCACAAACAGGAUCCUCACCUACCCCUCCUUCCUCUCGCUCUCCUCAGCUAACUCUAAGGGAGACACUGCCCAACAGGACUCGGAGGGAAGCAUGGAUCCAGAAGCAAAAAGAGAUGCCCUUCUUGACGCCAAGAAUUUAAUAAAUGAGAUUUCAAGUUCCAAAAAAUCUAGAAGAAAACGAGGAGGUAAAGACAGCAAAGAAGGGGACACUAAGAAGAAGACAGUAAAGUCAGCCAAGUCUAAGAAGGAAGCUGAAACCCCCAUCAUACCGGUCAGUGACGGAGAGUACAAGGAGAAACAGCCUCCUAAAUCCCUGGUAGCCAUGCAUAAAGACAAUAUUGACAGUUCCGUCUCUAUCACUAAGAAGAAGGGCUCUCAAUCAGGUUCGAAGAAGAGACGUUCAGCAAAGUGUAGUGACCGUGUUGCCUGGGACACAGACGCCAGGAGUGAGGGGGCUAACUCUGAGACUGAGGACGUGUUCUCCCAGCCUCCCCAAACUAUGCUGCUUGACAGUGACAAUGAGGAGCAGUCAGGGUCUCCACAGCGGAAGAGAACAGACAGAUCCCUGAGACAGCGAUCAGAUCAGACUCUGGAUAAAACAGCUCCCAACACUCCCUCCACCUCCGCAGAGCUCUCCAAAACUGCGGAUAUGUCGGGUUCCCUGACAAAGGACAGGUCACAUGACCUGGAGGAGGGAGAGGAGGAUAUGGAGGAGAGGAUGAGGCAGGAGGAGCGGGAAAAGGAGCUCAAAACUCUAGAGCUUCUCGAGAGAAGGAUUGGCAUAGAGGACGGGAGUCUGAAACGGCUAGGGGAGAAAGUAGAGAUUAUAGAAAAGGAGACGAACCAACAGAAAGAUAAGGAGGCAGCCCUCAGACAGCAAGAAAUUGAGGAGGAAUCAGCGAGGAAGGAAGAGGAACGCCGGGCUUACGAAGAGGUGAUGAGAGCCCAAGAAGCUGAGUACGAGAAACAUCUCCAGAACAUGUUGAGACAAGAGGAAGAAAGAAACAAGCAGUACCUUGACUCGCUCAGGAAGGAGGAGAUACAGCGAGACAUCAAGAGAAAACUCGCUAUGUUCAGACAGCACCAAAACCUGGAGCUGCGCCAACAUGUUAGACUAUCCAAACUCAAGCAGAAAAUCACUGUUCCCUUCAAAUAUUCCUAUUUCCCUAUUUUAAAAGUAAAUUAUAUGAAGAUUGUAAUGAACCCUGAACAAUCUCUGAGAAAAUCAAGCGGUGGUAACAAUAAGAAUGUUAAGAAAAAGAAAAUGACACUGAAACGUGUUUGAAAGGUGAAAAUUUCACGCUUUAAAAUGAUAGUUCAAGUUGUAUGGAUAUGAUUUAACUAUCAGUCACGUGGUAGGUCACUUGCCGCUUAAAGAUAUAUUUGUCGCUUAAUUUACCGCGGACUAUAUUGAAUACUCUUUAUAGCGAUCUGGGAAGUGUUCGUAUGUUUUAUUUGAAGUAAUUUGACAAUUGAAAUUAGGUAAGUAUUACUGAAUUACUCACAGAGUACCAGUAGCGGGUAAAGUUUAUUAGUUACCCAAAUUAUAACAGUUUUAGAUUGGGCUUUAAAAAGGGUAUUGGCGGAACUUUACAUAACUUGCUAGACUAUUGCUCGGCGCUCGGUCCUCUCCAACGUGAGAAGCUCGAGAAGAGCGCCACGCAUUGGGACGGGAGUGCCACUGCCAGGUAAGGCGGAGCUAAACUAUAUUUUAGUUACUAGACUAUGUGGCUAUUCAAUUCAUAUUUCUAUGUCCACGAAAUAUUUUACGAGUAUCACCCGUUAAGUGUUAAGGAGGAGCAAGCUAGGUAACUCAUAACUUGAUACACGUUGUUACCCCUUUUCGCGUGCACGAGGGAGGCUUGCAAAGAGUAUAAGCAAUAAUAGGUAACGCAUUAAUUGUUAAUUGUUAAUUAUAUACAUAUUUUCAAUUGCGUUUAUUCUCAUUUUAAGCAGUG